AUGUCUCUCGAAGAGAAGCUCGACAAGAUACGUUCGCCGAAGCUUCAAAAUCAACAACAGACACAAAUUGUCCUGUCUUCACUGGAAGACAUUCUUCGAGAUCAGAAGACCGAGCCCACCCCGACUGGAUACUUCGCAGGACUUCUGGCGUUACUCGGGAGAGCCACCCCUAGUUCUGGUGUAAAUAAAGAACUGGCAACGUCUGUUGUCUAUCUGCUCGAUGUUGUUACUCCAUAUGCCCCUCAGCCGCUGCUUCAGUCGAAGUUCUCGCAAAUUCUAACAAGUCUUGCCCCGGCAUUGACACUCCCGGAGGCGGAUGCACCACUUCUCCGACCAUCGAUAGGAUGUCUCGAGUCGCUGCUGAUAGCACAAGAUUCGGCAGCAUGGGAGCUGGGACAAACACAAAUUGGGCCUCGUCGGGCGGUUGCUGGACUUUUGAAUUUGGCGGUGGACCACAGGCCGAAAAUCAGAAAGAGGGCACAAGAUGCGAUCACAAAAGUUCUCAAGAGUCCCCCUCCAAGCGUGUCUCUCGACCACCCUGCGGCAGAUAUGUGUGCAGAGACGGCACUGAAAAGUUUGAGUGAGCUUGCUGCUCGGUCGAUCCAAGCGAAGAAGCAGAAGAAGAGCGAAACGACGGAACACGAGCCCGCUUUAAUACACUCGUUGCAAUUGGUGAAAACCGUGGCAUCUGCAUCUGGCGGCUGGCCGAGCAAGAAAAUCGAAGCUCUUUGUGAAGUUUUGUUGAAUAUUUCGAAAUCGACCAACGAAUACCUGACAAUGGCCGCCUUCGAGGUUUUCGAGAUCAUUUUCGAGGGGAUGGCCGAUCAGGUCUCGUCUUCAAAACUUCCUCGACUUUUGGAAGUCAUUUCGGAGCUUCGGCCUUCGCAGAACGAUUCCCAACUCUUACCACCCUGGAUUGCGGUACUCUCAAGAGGAUACGAUGUCGCUGCACAAAUCGAGCCCGAGGAGACCUUUCAGAAGCUCCCUGAGCUUUUUAACCUGAUUUCGGGAUUCUUGGCGUCUGCAUCACACAACAUUAGAGUUUCUGCCUCUGAGUGCUUGGUUUCAUUCAUGGCGAACUGCGUACCAGAUUCUGUCCUUCUGGAGCCCUCUAUCUUUGACGAGAAGAUCUUGGAAAAGCUUGCAAAAGCAGCUAUGGAGCUACUGAGCGUCAAAUACCAAGCUGCGUGGAUGGAGACUUUCAAUGUUAUGGGCGCCAUGUUUGAUGGCCUCCGCUGGAGAGCUGAUCCAAUUUUGAUAGACGUUGUCAAAACCAUUGGUGAACUACGUGGGAACGAGUCAUUCACUGGCAAGAAGGAAGCCAAUGAGAUUAUCGGAAAGGCGAUUCGCGCAAUGGGACCAGAUAGCGUCCUUCGAAUUCUACCUCUGAACCUUGCUAAGCCAAAAGCCGGGCAACCUGGAAGGGCUUGGAUGCUGCCGGUUCUACGAGACUAUGUCAGCAACACCAGCUUGCGCCACUUCAGGACCGAGUUCGUCCCGCUUAGUGAAAUCAUGUUUGCCAAAGUUCUGGCUCAUGGUGAGGCUGAGAAAACAAUGGAGGUUAAGCUGUUCGAGACGGUCGUCCAACAGACAUGGGCCAUUUUCCCAGGUUACUGUGAUUUGCCGCUUGAUCUUACAGACUCUUUUGACCAAUCUUUUGCAGAGUUGCUAGCCAACUUAUUAUACCAACAAGCUGAUCUGCGGACUGAUAUCUGUAAAGGACUCCAAAAUCUAGUCGAUUCGAACCGAGCUGUUGUUGCUAUCGAAUCGGAGGAUGAUCUUGUUUUACAAAGCAGGGUCUCGAAGGUCAUUGCCCAGAAGAACCUUGAUCAUUUAUCAACAUUUGCAAGCAACAUGCUGUCGGUACUGUUCAAUGUUUACAGCAAGACAUUACCGCACCACCGAGGUUAUAUCUUGAGAUGUAUCAACUCAUACUUGAGUAUCGUUCCUUCUGCUGAGCUUAUGAAGACCUUCGAUUCUGUUACUCAAUUGCUCGAAUCAUCUCUUUCAGAGAUAGGAGCCCAGACGCAGGCUGAGAAGCAAAAGCAAAAGCAGCAGAAUGCCGCCAAUAAGAUGCCACCUACCAGUCAUACCCUUAUGGAUCUGGUCAUCACCAUCUCGAUAUAUCUACCAAGAGAGAGCUUCACUACGUUGUUCAAUAUCGCCUCAAUCAUUAUCCUUAAGGACGAUGAUCCCCAACUGCAGAAAAAGGCAUACAAACUCAUUCCUCGACUUGCAGAAUCUCCGAUUGGCCAACAAGCCCUCCGAGAACGGACUACAGAGCUACAACAGCUCCUCGUCAACAGUGCCGAAAAAGUUUCUGCCCCAGCGAAAAGAGACAGACUUACAGCAAUCUCUACACUCAUUCCGUUCCUCCCCAAUGACUCCCUCCACUUCAUCCCAGGCAUCCUUGCAGAAGUCGUCAUCUCCUGUAAAGAAGUCAAUGAGAAAGCUCGAACAGCAGCUUUCGACCUUCUCGUCCUGAUGGGUGAGAAGAUCGCCGCUGCGCCCGGUUCUAUGAUUCAGAACGGUAAAGUAGCACAUAUGCCGGACGACACACCGCCCGUUCCAGCCACUCUCGAAGAAUAUUUCACUAUGGUUGGAGCGGGUCUAGGGGGAAGCACGCCACAUAUGAACUCUGCGUGUAUUACAGCACUUACUCGUAUCCUCUAUCACUUCCGCGGAGCUCUACUUCCGGAGACGAUUGCUGGGCUCGUCGAGACCAUGGAUCUCUUUCUUACGUCCAACAACCGCGAAAUUGUGCGCAGCGUCCUCGGUUUCGUGAAAGUUUGCAUCAUUAGUCUGCCCACCGAGAUGGUGCUCGCACGUCUCCCAACCUUGAUCCCAAAUCUUAUGGUCUGGAGCCACGAGCACAAAGCACAUUUCAAAGCAAAGGUCAAGCACAUCCUCGAGCGCAUGAUUCGUCGUUUCGGUGUCGACAUAGUAAACAAGCACUGCCCCGAAGAAGACCGCAAACUCAUCUCCAACAUCCGCAAGACCAAGGAACGCAAUAAGCGCCAAAAGGAAGCUGCCAAGGCAGCAGGCGCUGAAGAUAGCGACGAGGAAUCUGGCAAGAGGAAGGGCCGCUUUGAGAGUGAAUACGAUGAGGCUCUACACGGUAGUGACGAGGAAUCAGAUGGCUCCGACGUCUCGGACAAUGAAGUCCUCGGCAAGAGCAAGAAGACGGCCAAGAAAUCCGGCAAGACAUACAUCGUUGAGGAUGAAGAAGAGCCACUUGAUCUCCUUGACAGGAAAGCUCUGGCGAACAUCUCGUCAACUAAACCACUCAAGCAAAGAACAGUGGUCAGGACGAAAGCCAAGAUGGAUCUGGAUGGCAAGCUGCUGCUUGGUGGUGAUAGCGACGAUGACGACGACGUGAUGAUUCUUGAUAACCCUGGUGGACAUGCGGAUGAGGAUGAGGGCGGUGUGGGUGCGUAUGUGAAGGCGCUCAAGGGGCGAGAUGCUGUGCAGAGGGGUAGAGGUGGCAGGCUAAAGUUCUCUAAUAAGAAGGACCAAGACGACGAUGACGAGAUGGAUGUGGAUGACGAUGAUAUCAAGGCUGUAAAGAAACAGAUCGGUGGCUCUUCGAAGGAUGCAUUCCGUGGUAGAGUAAGGGGCGGCUACAGAGGCCGAGUAGGAGAUAGAGGUAGAGGCGGCCGUGGAGGAAUUGCGAGUGGGAGGAGAGGCUUGGGGGAGGAUAAGCGAAGUGGGAGUGGAGGUGGUCACAGAGGCAGUGGUGGCAGAGUCAUGAAGUCCCCACGAGGACGUGGCGGUCGCAGGUAG